AUGAUAAAUAUUUAUUUACUCUUUUUUUUUAAUGUACUUUUAACAUUGGUACAAAUGGAAAGAGGUGAAGAACAUGUCCAUAUCAAUUAUAUUACACCAUUGGAUAUAUGGUUUCGUGCAAUGAAAAUAUUUACCGUUUUAUCAUUAUUUGAAUCAGUCGUCGUUUUAGCACUUAUAAGAGCUACUAGAGCUAUUGAAAAACGACGUUUGGAAGCUGCAAAUGAAUUUGAGCGUGAGAUUUUUCGCGUAAAAAAACGACAAGUAAUACGAUUAUAUCAACGCCUAGAUUAUUUCACGCAAAUUUUUUCACCCUUACUAUUUACAACAUUUCUCAUGUAUUAUAUUAUGAAUGUUGUUCAUGGUGAACAUAGUGACUGUAAUGCAAGUACAAUUAAUAAUUAA